CAUAAUUCAAACGUUUGAACAUUUCUAUUUUAAUUAAACUAUACGGACAGUAAUAGUCUGCAAUUUGUCAUUUAUCUGUCACCCUAUUUAAAAAUGUGAUCUAUAAAUUCAACAAGACAAACAAAAAAAGAUCCAUGUACAAUCCACGGAUCUACCAUGGUAAGAUCUAGACUAGAGACUGCUUUUUUCUCUCAGAGCGGAACUGAAGUUCAACAGAUCCUAUAACUUGAGGGACGCUUUUUUUGGAGACACCGGAAUCGCUCACACGGACGGCAGUGGAAUUCAAACAUGCCCAAGUUUUACUGUGACUACUGUGACACCUAUCUAACGCAUGACUCUCCCUCAGUAAGGAAAACUCACUGUAGUGGGCGAAAACACAAGGAAAAUGUGAAGGACUAUUACCAGAAGUGGAUGGAGGAGCAAGCACAGAGUCUAAUUGAUAAAACAACGGCUGCAUUUCAACAAGGGAAGAUUCCUCCCUCACCUUUCCCUGGCGGACCUCCACCGGGUGGUCCUCCUCGUCCUGGCAUGUUGCCAACUCCGCCAAUGGGAGGUCCUCCAAUGAUGCCUAUGAUGGGGCCUCCUCCACAUGGGAUGAUGCCUGGUGGACCUGGCAUGAGGCCGCCAAUGGGAGGGCCCAUGCAGAUGAUGCCAGGGCCACCACACAUGAUGCGUCAUCCUCGGCCUAUGAUGAUGCCAGUGAGGCCUGGCAUGAUGCGUCCCGACAGAUAAGACUGCAAGUCGUCUGUGUUUCCACCAAUAGACUUACUUGAGGACAUGUGGUUCUUGCAUUUUAGACAUUUUUCAUUUUUAAAAAACCCAAAAGUUUGUUUCUGCAACUGCUUCUGCAUUGUCAAUUUAUGUAGAAAUGUGUUCCUACAAAACAAAACCACACCUUGAUGUAGACCAGACUGGAGUCUUUUGUUUUCCACUGUCAGCUUCUUGACUCUUGCAUUCAAAAUAUUUCUUUUUUUUUUUCUUUUUAAAAAAUGUGUUGUAAUUUGUUACAUUGUGGAAUAAAACCACAAUUUCAAAACCCA